CCCCUCUAGGAUCCAACGCAACCAAAGGUUUUGCUUACAGCGACUCACCGCACUGAGCCACCGAUUCGAAUCUGAUGCAGCGGAAAUAGGCCUCCAAUGUUGGCCUUCUCCAAGUUCACGAAAGCCGCGAAGAUCUCCUCCGCAUUCCGGCGAACCCAUAAGCCUCCCACGCACCUCCGAACAUUCUCCGAACAACCCCUCUCUUCGAACCCUCAACUUCCUCUUCGUUUCUGCAUCUGGGUCGCGCUCAAGUUCGAAUCCCUCUCCACCCACGAUUAUUGCAACUUGGUCGGUGUAGUCCUCUGCACCAACAACUGGUUCACCCUCUACUGGGAAAGUCUCGAGCUUCUCCACAAAUCUGGGGUUUUGAUAACUUCUGAUUCGGUUAGAGCCCUGAUCAGGGCCUAUUGGCAAGAGGGUCUCGCUGAGAAGGCCAUAGAGUCGUUCGGUAGAAUGAGCGAGUUGGGUUGUAAGCCCGAUGCUCAUGCCUACAACACCAUUUUGAACAUUGCAUUGAAGAAAGACUUGUUUUUGCUGGCCCUUGCGGUUUAUAAUUUGAUGCUCAAGUCCAAUUGUGAUCCCAAUGAGUAUACUUAUAAUAUAUUGAUUGAUGGGUUUUGUAAAAGUGAUAAUGUUAAGGGUGCUCUCGAGAUGCUCGAUGAAAUGGGGCAGAGGGGUAUGGUGCCCAGUGAAGUGACUUUUACUGCUAUUUGUUCCGGUCUGUGUCAUGGGAAGAGGGUGGAUGAGGCACAAAGGUUGUUUAAUGUGAUGAAAGAAAGAGGGUGCCAACCUACUUUUAUAUCUUAUAAUGUUUUGAUUAAUGGUUAUUGCAAGUUGGGGAAGUUAGAUGAAGCAAUUUCAAUUCUGCGGUUGUUGGAGAAAGAUGGGCUUGAAACUGGACUAAAGGGCUAUAGUUCUCUGAUUGCUGCGUUUUUUAAGGCGAGGAGAUAUAAUGAAGGGCAUUCGUGGUAUGGGAAGAUGCUUAAGAAGGGUAUUGAGCCGGAUGUUAUUUUGUACACCAUUAUGAUACGCGGUUUGUCGAGUGAGGGGAGGGUUGGUGAAGCUGUCAAGCUGUUGGGUGAGAUGACUGAGAGAGGCUUAGUUCCUGAUGCUGUUUGUUACAAUGAAGUUAUUAAAGGUCUCUGUGAGGUUGGUCUUUUGGAUCGAGCACGGUCUCUCCAACUUGAGAUUUCUGAGCAUGAAGGGUUUCAAAAUGCUUGCACGCAUACGAUUCUUAUCUGUGACUUGUGUAACAAAGGAAUGGUUGGUGAGGCACAUAAAAUAUUUAAUCGGAUGGAGAAGCUUGGAUGUUUACCAUCAGUUGUCACCUUCAAUGCUCUUAUAAAUGGACUGUGCAAAUCUGGCAAGCUUGAGGAGGCACACCUUUUACUUUACAAGAUGGAGAUUGGAAGAAGUCCUUCUUUAUUCUUCCGUCUUUCUCAGGGUUCUGAUCAGGUUCUCAAUAGUAUUGGUCUCCAGAAAAAGGUGGAGCAAAUGUGUGAGGCUGGACAAAUUUUGGAUGCAUACAAGCUUCUCAUAAAACUUGCUGAUAGCGGGGUUAUGCCUGACGUAGUAACAUACAACGUUAUAAUCAAUGGCUUUUGCAAGGCUUCUAAGAUCAAUGGUGCUUUAAAGCUUUUCAAGGAUAUGCAAAACAAGGGACUCUCAGCUGACUCCAUUACUUAUGGGACACUUAUUGAUGGGCUUUUCAGGGUUGACAGAGAAGAGGAUGCCUUUAAGAUUCAUGAGCACAUGUUGAAGCAUGGGUGUGAACCUAGCUUUGAAGUUUAUAGAUCUCUAAUGACUUGGUUGUCUAGAAAGAGUAAGGUUGCACAGGCCUUCAGUCUUUAUUUUGAAUGUUUGAAGAACAUUCGUGGCCGGGAAGAAGUUUCAAUCAAUGCUUUGGAAGAAUAUUUUAUCAAAGGAGAACUGGAACAGGCAAUUCGAGGUUUACUAGCACUGGACUUCAGGUUUAAAGAUUUUAAUUUAGCUCCGUAUACAAUUCUACUUAUUGGAUUUUGUCAGGCAGGAAAAGUAGAUGAAGCAUUAAUUAUGUUUUCUGUUCUUCAUAAGUUCAAUAUAAAUAUCAAUCCUACAUGUUGUGUACAUUUGAUCAAAGGUCUUUGUGCACAAGGAAGGCUGGACGAUGCAGUAGACAUCUUCCUUUACAGUCUUGACAAAGGUUUCGAGUUGAAAUCAAGAAUUUGUGAGCUGCUCCUCAAGUGUCUAACUCUUUCCCGAGAUAAAAAGAAGUAUGCUAUUGAUCUUGUUCAAAGGAUGAAGUCAAAUGGAUACCGUUUAGAUAAAUUGAUAACUGCAGAACGCAUUGUGUACAGUGUAGGACAAGCAAUACAAAUUGAUUCUCAUAAGAGAUUAAAUAACACUGAUGAUCAAGAUGAAUGAAUUUCUUUAUUCAGCUCUUCACACAUCCCAAUUAAGGAAAGAGGUUAUGAAUCAGGAAACUCAAUACAGUUUCUAAUGAACUAAAGGGCUGAUGUUGUUGUGGCAAUUUCUUUAUUCUGUGUGCUUGUCAUCAUGUGCUGUAUGACCCUUCAUUUCAGGCAUUUUUGGAUUUGUCAUUUGUUGUAUGCUUCAGCACAUUUAUUCCUAAAUGCCUAAGAGCAAUUCCGCAAACAUUGGCAAGGAAGAGAGACAGAAGAUUGCCAUUGUCCAUAUGGUUGUUCUUUGGUGAUAUCUCACAUAUUGUACACUAGCAGGCAAAGGCGAUUUCUUAAGGAUAUUUAGUAUCCGAUUCUGAAUGAGAAUUGAGAAGUUCUUGCUAAUAAUAAAUUUCAUGGGGUUUCAAUUGGAUUCCAUGUCUUUUUCACAUUUUAACAUGCAAUGAUCAAAAUUUACUGAAGUUUAGACUCGAUUACUUAUUUUUAUACCAAACAAAAACAUUUAGUUCAUUAUUUGUUUGGCAUAACUUAUCAAAAGCUGAGGUUUAGUUGUACAUUACUAGGUAGGCUGGUUAAUUUUAAUUUAUGAUUUUCUUUGUAAAUGGAUUCUAUGCCUCGGACUGUUGAUUGCUUAUGUAAACUGAUGUGCUAAAAUGUUGUUUAUGUAAUCCGGCAAUCACAGCUCAAUUCCAAUAAAGAUGGAUAGGAUACACACACGAGCAUCCACAAAACAUGCACAGAUGUCAAAUAUGUUUUAGGGGCAUACAGAACGAGAUCUAUUUCAGAUAUGUGUGAUGCAAAGACACAAGAGAGUUAAACGAUCAUAAUUAUUUAUUAAUUUAUAAUUUAAUUUCAAUUUUUGAGGAGCU